AUGGCCGGCCAACAGAAUGUGAAGCAGCUUAAGGACUGCUCAGUGUCCAACGCACUAGGCACAUGGGUAUUCUCUGUUGCUGGUGCUUUGCUUGCAAUACCAGUGGGGAUAAAACGCAAAUCACUGGCACCCCUUGUGUUUUUUGGCACAACUGGUACCAUGAUUGAUAUUAUCAUGGGAAUUAGCGCCUGUGAACGAGAACAUGCAGAACGUCAAAUGAAGCUUUUGGAAGACCAAAGUUCUGUAGCUGCUGGUGCUUUAGCAGAUGUUGGAGCUGAGUCUUGA